AUGGCGUCGUGGAAUCUCUUGGAUGAUAAGGAGGAGCAGGAGCUGCAUAAGACGCGGCUGGUCAACAUCGAAGAGAAGCCGUUCAAACGAAUCACCAAGAGACUGGUGUCCAUCACCACAAUCGCAAACUCCCAGCUGAAGCAACAACCCACCCCGCCGCCCGAGGACGCCAACGACGAGGCGGGAACCGACGGCGAGACGGCGAAGCAUGAGGCCGCCGCCAAGAACCUCCGCGAGAUCGACCAGAUCAAAGACGACCUCACGCUCGACUUCGCCGCCUUCGAUAGCAGCAUCGCCCGCCUGCAGUUCCUCCUCGACGCCAACGUCCGCGAGCGCGAGCGCUACAAGGCCGACCAGCAGCGCAUCCUAGAGGAGUGCCAGAACGUCCGGGCCAACAACGCGCGGCUGCGCGAGCAGCUCGAGGGCGCCAAGGCCACGCUCGCCCAGCGCAAGGAGUACGACAAGCUCGCCAACGCGCUCAUGGCUAAGGGCCUGCGGCCGCGCGGGGAGCAAGAGUCGAACCUGAAGAAGCUCGAGGAGGAGAUCCGCGACCUGGAGAAGGAGAGCGAGACGUACGCCGUCACCUGGCGCGAGCGCCGCGACCAGUUCAGCAAGAUCAUGGACGAGGGCAUGCUGCUGCGCAGGCAGAUCCGCGACGAGAAGGAGGAGGUCGAGAGGCGCGAAGGCAUGAACGAGGACGGCGAGGAGGACGGCGAGGCCUCGAGGGACGGGCAGACGCCCCGGCACGUCUCCAGCGGCAACGUCACGCCGCAUCCAGACAGCGGUGCGGCGGCGAGACCGACCUCGGCGCUGGAUGGCCAGUCGGAGGAGCAGGCGGACGGUCUCAAGCCGCGGCCGGGUGGCACGGGCAGCUUCUCGCGGUCUGGCAGCGCGGUCCCGAGCCAGAACGGCACGCCCCGUCCCCAACAUGACGAUGAUGAGAUUGAAGAGGGAGAGGACGUCGAGAUGGAUGAUCAACAGGACACUCAGAUCACUUCCGGAGGCGACACACCCUACAUCACGGUGGAUGCGCCCGACAGCAUGGAGGUUGACAACUAG